GAACUGCACCACAUAUUAAAUCCCUAAUUACGAAGUCCAAAAAUAGAAGAAAACUCGAUGUAUUGCGCAAAAGUUUUUUCAGUUUUUCCUUUUGCUCUCUCUCGGUCUCUUCUCUUUCACUCUCACUGCUUCUUGCUGCUACUGCUACACCCUCUCCGUUCAUGGCGUCCUCAUGAGCAGGAUUGAGUUAAAGGAUGGAAAAAAAAAUACUCCCAUCUUCAUCUGGAGGCUACGACAUUGAUUCCUGUGGGAUGCAUUUGGGUCAAAGGAUAUCGAGGCCAGUUGAUUUGCCUGAAUUUUCCUGGACUCCAGAAUCACGAUUAAAAGAGAAUGGUCCACUCUUAUUCACCACAGAAGAAAACACCCGUGAGUUAACUGUAAAUCAAUCAAAGUCUGCCUCAGUGGUUGCUCUCGGAGAUAGUUUCCAGCAUCAAUCUAAUUAUCAGAACAGUGUCGAAGGAUACACUAGUAGUUUGAAGGCCCAAGAAAAUGAAGUUAAAAGUAUAAACCAUUACCCUUUAUGCACGCAGCAAUCUACACAGCACCAGCAUCCACUCUGGAAAUAUGAUUUUCCAAUUGGGGAGACACCUGAUUCACUAAAUUGGGUAUCACAGACAAAUAACAUGCUUGCACAAGCUGACACUGGUAGAUCCUCUUCAAAAUCCGAUAAUUCGUAUACUGGAAAAUCUCAGAUUCAUCCUCAUCAGGGCUAUUUGAUUUCUGGGAACCCUGAUGUCACCUCUAGGAUGCCAUUGGAGUAUAAUGUUUCCACUGGAGUUGUGAGAGAGUUUGGAGCAGUUGAGCAGAUAUCUUCUCAGCACCAUUCCUCAUAUGCUUCUUCUCAUGGAAGAGGUUACCCUGAAGAAGCCAAUAAAUUUGGAAAUUCUUGUGUUUUGAAACAAAGUCUUAAGUAUUCAAACAGAUCUGGAAGUAAUAUCCCCUGUUGGUGGAAUAGAGAUAUUCUCUCAAGGGGCUCGGCUUCUACUGACCAAAAGGCUGGUGGAAAGUCAUUGCAUACCAAGGCUCAGAAUUCCAUUGGUUCUUUUGAUAAUCGUGUAGACACACUUGAAAGUAGAGGAAGAAGUCACAUGGAAGGUGAUAUGAAAAAGGACCUGAAAGCAAUAGCUAAGGAGAACAUCAAAAGUUCUUUGACAGAUGACCUCUCCUCCAAACAUGUCCACUCUCCAUCAAAUUGUGUUCAACAUGUUGAAUCAAAUAAGUCAAUCCAUAGUUCUCACAGAUUAAAUGAGAAGAGUAGGUUACCGUCUAAUAAGAUGUCUCCUGCAGCUGAAAAGCUAUGGGAAGGAUCUCUUCAGCUAAGCUCAUCUUUUACCGUUUCUGUGGUGGCUUUCUUCAAAAGCGGUGAGAAGUUGCUUGAUGUCAAGUGGUCUGAAUUUGUAGUAGCUAAAGGCAGAGUAAGAUUAGAUGACUUCGAAAAAUACAUCAAAAAUCUUCCUAGUUCAAGCAGUCGGGCACUAACGGUAGUUUCUAUUUGCCUCAAGAAGGGGGCUUCUGCAAUAGGACUCAAGGGCAUGAAAGCGGUUGCAAAAGAUUAUAUGAAAUGUGGCAGAGUCGGGAUAGCAAAGCUCUCUCCAGGUGUUACUAUCUACCUUUGUCCCCCGACCAAUGCAAUUUUCAUUAUUCUUGAAAAAUACGGUUUCUUGAAGGGAACGGCAGCUGUGGAAGGGAACUCUCAGUUGAUGAUUGGUUGUGUUGUAUGGCAGAAAAAUCGAACAGCUUUGACUUCUGUUCUUAAAAAGUCUGAGGAAAAAGCUAAUUCUUUGCAGGAGCAGCUUCAAAAGUCUCCAUCUGAUUCUUCUAUGUUGCAAGGUGGGGGACAAGGUUCUUUAUCUAUGCCAUCAGUUAUGAACUCAAACCCAUCUGCCCCACUGAGCUCUUUCUCAAAUCUUGAACAAGCAAAUGUCACUGAUAACAAGAGUAUUGGUAUUGAUUCUGCAAGCAGGACAACCUUAACAGCUUCAGGUGUGAAGUCACCACCUUUUCAGCAAAAAAAAUCUGAACUUUCCGGCUCGCAUCUUUGGGGAUCUAAAGGGCACUUGUCGAGCAGUGAAGCUUCUUGUGUGCACCAGUCAAAUGAUGAACCACCCAAGGAAAGCAGGAACCUCCCAAAACCUGUAACAUCAUUGCUGUCCAAUGCAUCAAAACGAAAAAUGGCAUUUCCAGAUGAUGAUGAUGAUCUCCCUGAGUAUGACUUUGGAACUGCUAGCGGAAUAUCUUCAACUUCCCAUCGUUCCUAUGGAUCCAUUAUCGGCAAUAGGCUUCAACUUUCUGGAAGUAGAAUUUUAGAUAUGUCUAAACAGCCCACCAGACCUGUGGCACCUUCAGCUUGCAUGACUAUUCCUAGGUCAGUAAUAUCGAUCAGUAAAGAGAUGCCCCUAGCUAGAAAUGUUAAUGACUAUAGUCAACUGGUCACUGCUUCUAGGCAAAUGGAAGGAAAGCAUUACAGCCAAAGUCAUGCUAUUCCAGUGACAGUUCCUGUUCGUGCAUAUGGUUCACCGAUGGUUCCGUUUCAUAGCUCGGGUAAGAAGAACUUACUUUGUGAUGAUGAUAUUCCUGAAUGGUUGCCGCCAGAUGCUCAGAAUGAAAGAACAAAUGAACCACCAAAGACCUUUCCACCUGCAUACCCUACCUCGAGAAUGUUGUUGCCUCUUCCUACAGGAUCAGUGUUUCCUUAUCCAUCUUCUGCCCCUACCCAUAACAGUUUUUCUUCACAACCAUCUCCUCUAUAUCAUCUGCCUGCCAAUUCCAGAGUGCCACCCCCCAUGCCCUCUCAAAAAGGUCCUAGUAAUUUGAUAGGAUUCACCUUUAACCCAGUUCCAAGGCCACAGUCUAGUUCCCGUGCUGCUGCAAGUUCGUUGAAGCCUGCGGAUAAAAGAGUAAGGAGGUCUUGAUACUAGCUUGUAAACUCAAUCAACAGUAAAAUGAUUCUUCGAUAAUUGUUCAGUGACAUUCUGAAGCUGUAACUAUGCAUGGACAGCUGGUCAGGUUCAUGGAUAGCGGAGUAAAUUGAGACAGUCUAUAGUUUAGAAUGCUCCACUAAUUGAUCAAGGACUGGCAAGUUGGCAGCAAGCAUUUCCUCCCCUCUUUGUCUGGAAACGCUUGUCAGUGCUGGCACAUGUGGCAGCGCCUCUGGAACCGUCAUUCUAAAUUCAGCUAUUGAUUUGAUGAUCUCUAUAGGACGUGGUCAGAUUUACUUAUUAGGGACAGAAAAACCGGCAAAACACAGGUUAAAAAUCAAUGAUGAGAAUCUCCGAUGGAUAUGUGAGCUCUCAAAUCAGCUUCAGAUCGCAAGGUAACAUAUGCAGAAGAUGGGGAAGGAAAAUCCAUGAGUAUGUCUACAAAGUAUAUCAAAAGCUCAAGUAUGAUCACUUUGUAAGGAUCGAAUCAUGGUGAGAAGACGAGAAGAGUUAUGAUUGAUGAAUGUCUGGUAUGUAUUAAGUAGUAAAAAGAGUCUCAAUCGUCUUUCGUCGCCCUUUACUCAAUAAUCCCUCAAAGAAAGCAAGUAGCAAGUCAGUCUGCGCAUAGCAUACUUUUUCAACUAUUCUCCUUUCCUUGUUGAAGGGGAAUGGAAAUCAAAACUUCAACACGUAUGAUCGCUUUGUAAGGAUCAAAUCAUGGUGAAAAGAUGAGAAUUGAGUUAUGAUUGAUGAAAGUCUGGUACAAAAGUGGAAGCUUGACAUCCUUCACUGGAGUUUAUAAGCCAUACUCUAAUCGGGAAAGAUUAGAAUUUUGGGAGGAGGUAUCUGCAGUCAAGGCUUUAUGGAAUGAUUAAUGGGUGGUACAGGGUAUUUCAAUGUAUGCAGUUAUGAACCUGAAAGAUUCAAUUGCAUUCCAAGGUCGAGCACCAUAUCUAUUUCUCUGUUUAUAUCAGUAGUCUUGUCCUAUGAUUUCUGUUACUCCCCGUUGUUUCUUGAGCUUUGGUUAUCGCAUUAAUUGACUAUUGUUGUUGUUUCUUGUUUUCUCAAUACCAUGUAAUGCUUUCCGUAUUAUUUGCUGUGUCCGGUUUACUUUU